UUUGUUAAUGUAGUUGAAUUUUGUUUUAAGACAGAUGAUAUAUUUGAGUCUGGGGCAUCCACCUCCCGUUCCCUCCUACAGGCUAAGAAAGCUUGUGGAGUUGACUUUGAGAAUCAGAACUACACAAUCCUAACAAGCCAAUGCAAAGGACCACAAUACCCACAAAAGGUUUGCUGUGAAGCAUUCAAGCAAUUUGCAUGCCCUUUCAUCAAUGAAAUCAAUGAUAUGGCAACUGAUUGUGCCUCAGUCAUGUUCAGUUACAUAAACAUCUAUGGAAAGUACCCUCCUGGUCUCUUUGCUAAUGAGUGCAAGGAAGGCAAUGAAGGCCUUGAUUGCACCAAUGUGAAAACAUCCAAUAACAGUUCCUCUGUUUCUAACUCUGCUCAUCCUGCUGCUCCUUAUGAUUCUAUGUUGUUAUUGGCCAUACUUGGUUUCAUUGGUCUUUUGUUCCAACUUUUCUGAAGGCUCUCUCUUAUGUCAAUUGGGUCACGUUUUGUAUAACUAUUAUAGCAAUCACUAUUUUGAGCUCAUAAUUUUCGAAACAAGAUGGCUUUAUCAUUCUGUAACGUUCGUGAUACUCUAUUUUAAAAUAUGUAAAAACACGUACUGCAGAUGUGAGAUGUCAAUGAC